AUGAGUGAAAUGGUGAAAUUAAUAGGCCUGCUCGGUCUAUUAUCGCUGAUCACGUUCUGCUUCGGGAAGACUGAAUCGCAGCUGAGACUCGGCAAAGCCAUCAACAUCUUCAUCCGUUACGGAUAUUUGAGCAUCUCAAUGAAGGUGAUUUCCUACAAUGACACCGAGACGUGGCUAUUCAAGGAGCCCACCAAGAACGUCUUCACGGGCAUCGAGAGCCUCGAGGAGCCGGCGGUGCAGGAGACGCCGGGCGUGUUCAACGGCGACUUCCACAUGGAGUUCUGCGACAACAAGCGACAGCUCUUCCAGGCCUACUUCCGAGACUUCACCAUCGAGCGCCUCGACCGGCCGUGGCGUGCCUUCACGGGCGGCUGGCACCCGGACAUCGCGGCACGCAAGCUGGGCAUCAACUCCUCCUUCAUCCACGGCGACUACUGCUACGUCCUGGUGCGCGUGUCGCGCUUCCGCGAGAGCGCGCGCCUCCGGAAGCCCAUCCCGCAGAACCAGGUGCUGGACCCCGAGAUCUCCGAGCGCGUCGCCGACGUCGUGCCCGGCGACAGCACGGCCGCCGUGCAGUUCAUGAACAAGUUCGGCACGCACUACAUCAACAGCUACGUGACCGGAAACUCGCUCUAUCAGGUUUUCGUGUUCAACAAGCGCAACUAUCAGCACCUGAAGGAGCGCCUGAAGUCGAAGGGCGUCGCGGCGCUGUCGCAGCUGGACCUGUACAACUACUUCGCGCCGUGGUAUGCCGAGCACCUGGGCAAGAUCCGCUGCGCCAGCGGCAACAGCACGGUGGAGCGCUGGGCGUCGCGCAAGCUGCGCCUGUCCUACUACAUCUUCACCUACGCCAGCCUGCUGAAGCUGCACGGCAACGGCUCGCUGCUGCGCAACAUCGACGAGCUGCUGGGCAACGAGGCCAUCCUGCAGCUCGACCUCAAGUCCAUCAACGUGAUCUUCAAGGAGCCCGCGAAGCGGGCCUGGUUUCAGGAAAUCAUAGACAAUUAUUUGAAAUUGUGGGAAGUGAACAUGUGAGUGUGAUCUUAGAAUAUUUAACCAAUUCAAUCGUGGAAUUCCUCACCAUCGAAAUCUGUAUUUUGUAUUAUUAUUAUCUUCUGUGUAUCAUUUGACCAAAAUGAAUUCUCCUCCCACGAAGUCCUACUGUGCUAGGCUGGCUAGGCUAGGCGGUAACACUGAAGACUGGUUGCUUAUUUAAAGACAUCGAAUUGUAUGAAUUCUAGAGUGAUUUUCUCACCAUAUUUUGUAGCUCAACCAGAAAGAAAAGGGAGGAAUUUAAUUAUGAUUUAAUUCGAAUUGCUAUUUAAUAACGCCUUUCACGCUGUGAUAGUUUUUAAUUCCAUACAGAAUAAUUAUGAUGUAGAAUUGUCUCAGUUAUAAUCUCCCAAGAGAGAGAGAAAUAUUGUGUAAUUUUAAGGACGAAAAAUGUAAGGAAAAAUAAAUGGAAAUUAUGAAUAA